CCCCUGGCCCCACACCGAAGCCGUCCUCUCCUCUAUCCUCUUUCCUCUCUCCUCGAGUCGAACGAGGCGAGAAGACGACUCGCCGAGUCGCCGGCAGAAGCCCAUCUCGCCGCGUCCUCAGAGAACUGGCCGAUCCCGAGCCCAUCCUGCGGGUCGCACCUCGUUCCUAACCGCGUCCCCGACCAGCGCGCCGCCGCGCGAGCUCUCAGGCAGUCAGGCGAUUAGGGCUGCUGGGAUCUCGUCUCGCUGCUGGCGGCCGCGGCUGCGGAGCUGACCUGCGUUGGGUUGAGUCACCCCGCCACCGGAAUUAAACUUUGCGCUGUUGCCCCAGGAGCCUCUGCGAACGAUCCCUCGGCCUCCCUCGCCGGCUAACGAAAUCACCACCGGCCCGUCCAGAUCCCCAGUGUCCUGUCACCCCCAGGGUUUUGUUCUUAACUUUGGGCCUUAAAAUUUUUGUUUGAAUGGCAACAUCUUUGGACGUUCCACUCGAUGAUUUGAUUAAGAGCAGAAAUGGGAGGGGAAGGGGAAGAGGCAGGGGACAAGGAGGGGGUCGAGGCAGAGGUGAUGGUCAAAGAUUGGCCCGUGGAUCAUGGCGUGGGCGUGGUACUGGCACCUUCCGUGGAAGGGGACUUGGGGUGCCUUCACGAAGGCCACUUGGUGUUAAUACUCGAUCCUCAUCGUUUGCUAUUGCCAAGUCAUUCAAUAAAGCAAAGGAUUUUGUGUGGAGGCAUGAUCUGUUUGAGGAUAGCAUGGUGGCAGCUGGGCUUUCUGGGAUAGAAUCUGGUACAAAGUUGUACAUUUCAAACUUGCACUAUGGGGUGACCAGGGAAGAUAUAAAGGAGCUUUUUUCAGAAAUGGGUCAUUUGAAGCACUGUGCUGUUCACUAUGACAAUAAUAGACACCCAACUGGUUCUGCUGAGGUGAUAUUCACCAGGAGAAGCGAAGCUCUUGCGGCACUGAAACGAUAUAAUAAUGUGCGCCUUGAUGGGAAGGCGAUGAAGAUUGAAGUGAUAGGAGCAGAUUUGGGUCUUUCUGCUGCUGCCACACCCCGGAUUAGUGUUGUUCCUGGUGCAAGGGGAAGAGGACAGAGAGAAGUUGUAAUGAUGUAUGGGCCUGGUGGGAAUGGGUUUGGUCGAGGUACAGCUGGCUCAUCUAAUUCACUUCCCGGGUGGAAGCGUGGAGGUUUUGCUCAAAGAGGGGGAGGACAAGUGCGCGGGGGUUUUACUCAAAGAGGGGGAAGACAAGUUCGCGGGCGUGGGCGUAGUAGCUUUGGCAGGGGCCGUGGACGUGGCUAUGUGCGCAAGGGAAAUGUUGAGAAAUCAGCCGACCAAUUGGACAAGGAGCUUGACAACUACCAUUCUGGUGCGAUGAAUGUUGACUAAGAUGGGGCAAUCCGUCAUCGAAUCAUCGUGGCACGUGGAAGUCGGAACUCGGUUGAAGCUACGCUUGUUUUCUGUCUGCUGGUAUCCUGUCAGAUGUGUGCACGUCUGUCAUGCUUUCAUUGUCUCUGCUGGAGGAUUAGAUUUCAACUGCAGUUAAUUUCUUGUACGGAGUUAGUCCCAUGAUAUCGGAACUGGCUGUAACUGAUUGACGAACCUAGUUUUCAACUGUUGGGUUUUUGCUGUUAUUGCUUUCAUGUUGUCUAUAA